GCCCGACACGCUCGACCCCUCCAUGCGGGGCCUAACCGUGGAGCAGCUCCUGGGCUUCUGCGAGAACCACUGCGGCACCAUCGUGGAGGGGCCCGACCCCAUGGCGCCGCGGUGCGUCUCGUCGAAGUUGAUGCUGAGAUGCGUUCGCGAGAACCAGCGCAACAAGCUGGCCGUGGAGCGGGGCUUCGCCGCGAAGAUGGAGGCCCGUGCUCUCCUGGGCUGUCGAGACAGACCAUACAGUUGGGGCCCAUGCCAAGGCACACCCUGCUUUCCUCCAGGGUGCCCUGGUUUUUGCGUUUUGAUGAUUUUGAUAUGGAGAGCGUGGCGUUCCCACACCAAAAAUCAAUGGACGUCCUGGGGUCUCAGGGUUGGGUUCUUG